AUGACUGAAGGCUACACGUUGCUGGGCCGGGCAGCAGAGGGCUUCAAGGGCUCCUACUUGAAGGCCUGUGAAGACCCAGAGGACAAUGCUGGGACAGCGAGACAACAGCUGGAACAACAGAGGUUGGAGGCGCAGAAGAAGAUGGAGCAGCUGGCAAAAGCCCUGACAGAGAUGGACGCAGGAUCUGCCAUCAAAGCUGCCGCUGCAGCAGCAUCCUCCGAAGAAGCCUCCUCUCCGCAGCCCGAAAACCCGAGCGUGGCCGUAAAGCAAGUUAAUCUCCAGCGCCAGGGCUGCGAGGAUGUGUUGAAGGAAAUCCUGGUCAUGAAAGAAUAUAAGAACCCCAAUAUUGUCACCUACCUAGAAAGCUACCUUGUCAAUGAGGAUGUCCUGGUGGUGUUGGAGUAUAUGGAUGGAGGCUCCUUAGCUGAUGUGGUCAGCAUGAAAAGGAUGGCUGUAGGACACAUAGCAACAGUGUGUCGGGAGUGCCUGCAAGGCCUGGCUUUCCUUCAUGCCAACCAGGUGAUCCACAGAGACAUCAAAAGUGACAACAUCCUUCUGGGCCAGGAUGGCUCCGUCAAGCUGGCCGAUUUUGGCCUCUGUGCUCCGCUCAGCCCUGAGCAGAGUAAACGGAGGUCGAUGGUCGGGACCACUUGCUGGAUGGCACCCGAGGUGGUGAGAAGAGAGCCAUACGGCCCCAAAGUGGACAUCUGGUCCCUUGGCAUCGUGGGAAUAGAAAUGGCCAAAGGAGAGGCUCCUUAUAUUCGGGAAACCAGUGAGAGGGCUAACUACCUGAUAGGCAAGCAAGGGGUACCAGACCUGCACAUGCUCAGGCUGCCCUCUGAGCCAAUCGAAUGUCUUGUAGCUUAA